UUAAAACGUAUAAUAAUAUGUAAGGAACAACACACAUUAUUAUAUUUACAAGACAAGUGAGAAAAGAAAUUAAACAAUGAGUUUGAUCUCCAAAGAGGAAGAAAACAAUGCUUUCAUUUCAGCAUUGGUACUUUGUUUUAGUCGGAUCACUCCUGCAAUCAUAAAUGCAGCCAUUGAUCUGAAUCUGUUUGAGAUCAUACCAUCAAAAGGGAUCAUGUCUGCCUCGGAAAUUGCUUCAAAGCUUCCGAUUGAAAAAGAAGACACUGAUAUGGUGGCUAAGAGGCUGGAGCGCAUGCUGCCUUCACUGGCAAGCCACUCGCUUCUAGAAUGCUCUAUUCGCAUUAACCAAGAUGGCACCAAAGAAAGAGUUUAUGCUCUCUCAAAUGUUGGUGCCUACUUCAGAUCCUCUCAUCAUGAACAUGAAUAUGGAGGCUCCUUGACUCCUCUCUCUGUUCUCUUCCAUCGAGUAUAUGACGACCUUUGGAAGGACGCAAAAGAUUCAAUUUUGGACCCAAAUAACAAUCAUUUUGAAAGGGUUUAUGGAAUGCCAAUGUUCGAAUAUUUGAAGACAAAUAAAGAAAUUAGCCAUGUUUUUGACCAAACAAUGGCCCAAUCUGGCCCACUGGGAAUGAAAAGGAUCAUAAGCCUAUACAAAGGUUUUGAGGGAGUGAAAACAUUGGUUGAUGUAGGAGGUGGAAUAGGACAAACCUUAAACUUGAUCAUUUCUGCGUUUCCUUCCAUUAAAGGAAUUAAUUUUGAUAUGCCUCAUGUUGUGAAAAACGCACCAUCGUAUCUAGGGAUUGAGCACGUUGGAGGAGACAUGUUCGAAAGUGUUCCAAAGGGUGAUGCCAUUAUGCUAAAGCAUGUAUGUCAUAAUUGGUCAGAUGAAGAAUGCGUCAAAUUCCUAAGAAACUGCCACGAAGCGUUGCCACAACAUGGAAAGGUGAUUGUUUUGGACUUCAUAAUGCCAGAAAUCCCGAAUUCAAGCAAUUCAUCAAAACAUAUUUGUGAUGUGGACUACCUCAUGUUUAUAAUUAAUGGCGGAAAGGAACGAACCCAGAAAGAAUUUGAGAGGCUAUGCAUCAACUCUGGAUUUUCUAGAUUCCAAGUUGCUUGCACUACUUCCUUAACUACGUUUGCAGUCAUAGAAUUUUACAAAUAAAUAUUUUGAAUAUUUUUCUUUUUUGGUUUUAAUUUAAUUUGCUCCACCUUCUUGCUUCUUAGCUCUUGUACACUUUUCUUUUAUCUUCGUCACAUAUCAAUAUUGUGAGCAAUUUACUAUCUAUGGAAUAAAUAUUGCGUCUAUUUUCUCCAUAAA